CUUCAGUCUCGACAGUUUGUUUUGCGAGACAAUUUCGAAUAGAAGGUUUGUGAGUGGAAUUUGCCACAGAGCAGCUUUAAAGUAAUUGAAUUCCAAAAUAAGAAUUAGCACACAAAGUACUUGCGAUGUUCUGUAAAGUCGCACUAACUUGUUUGCUGGGUAUAACAGCGAUUAAUGCCCGUACAAUAGGCAAUUACUACUUUCCAACUUAUCCGACACAAAACACAAAUGAAUUUUACCCAGGAGCAGCUAUACCAGAUUACAAUCCUAAGCGCUAUGGAGACACCACGAAAGUCGUACGCGUAUCGUUAAGCAUGGCGCCACCAUCACGCCAUUUAUUGCCACCCUAUGAAGAUUACGGCGAUGCACAAGCAUAUUCGAAUGGAAUCUACCGAAGCGAAUUACCUGCUUGGCAGUACCGAAACGAAAUGCCAGCGCAGUACGAAGAAGUCGAGCGAUUGGCGCCACAAUCGUACCCUUACGAAGUUGUUAACCGUAUAUUACCGAAGGUGGAGGAGCCCACCGAUUUCCAACCGCUCGAGACUCAAUUAUCGGCGCAGGAGAAACAGAUAACUCAAGUUGCGGACGAUGUAAAAAGUGUACAGCAAAUUGUUAGCGAGCUCGAGAAGUAUCUGGAAGGUGUCGCUGCAGCUUUAGUACCACAAAACAAGGCCAAAAAUGGUGUUAUAAAGAUUAGCAUGAAUCUGGUGCCCAAGCUUGGUGAAGUGCAAACUGGUAGUAUGUCUGAAAAGGAAAUAGAUAAGCUUAUUUCAAGUACGUGGGGAGAAGACUCCACAGAGGCAAAUACUUCAGAGGAGGGAAAAGAGUUGGAUAAGCUGAUUUCAAGUACGAUUGUAGAAGACUCUGCAGCUCACGAUAGCGCAAAGAAGGAAAGAGAAUUGGAUGAUCUAAUUUCCAGCAUGUUUGGAGUAGAUUCUAAUGAAAGCAGUAACUCAAAAAAUGACAAAGAGUUGGAUAAACUUAUUUCAAGUUUGAUUCUAGAAGACUCAGCAGUUAAUGAUAGCGACAAAGGAUUGGUAAAUGUAAUUUCAAGCAUGAUUGUAGCAAAAUCUGCAGAUGACGAUAGCGAGGAGAAGGAAAAAUAUUUGGAAAAAUUUAUUACCAGCUUGUUCGAAGACGAUUAUGCUAAGAAUCUAAUUGAAAAAACGGAUGAAAACAGUGACGCGGAGGAAGAAUAUGGUAAAAAAUUGGAUGCUUUCUUAAAUCAAAUAUUUGCUGAAGAAGCUCAGGAGGAAGAAGAAAAAAUGGAAGAGGAAAAAGAACAAAAAAUAGAAGAGGAAAAAGAAGAAGAAAUUGCUACCGCCGAAACAAAGGAAGUAGAGCAGCUCCCAUAUGACUUAAGCAAGGAUAUUGAUUACCUUUUUGGGGAAGGUAAGGAUGUACAGAAUCUCGAUUUAGAUGACCAAAUAGUACUUGAAGAUUAUUUAAUGAAUAAGAAAUAUAUCUUAAAUUACAAGCACAAGAAAAAUCGUUACUGAAAUCUCCUACCGACAUAUAUUACCUAUUAUCUUACUUUAGCACAUUUAAGAACUGUACUUGAAUCUUAAAUCAAUAUAACUGCAUUUGAAGAGCUUUUCAGAAUCUUAAAUAAAUAUAUCUGUAUUUCAAGAG